UAUAAUAUCUCCCUCAACUCGAGUCAUAAAAGAAUCAGAUCAUGUGAAUGUCUCGUGCACUUCAGUGUUUCUUCUUCAGAACAGAAACAAAGCAGCAACAUUCCUCCAGACGCAGACCGAGGCCGGUGGAAGCAACACAGUGAGUGAGAGUGUGUCUGCAGCCCUGGCACUCGGGUGGACCGCUCUGUUCUUGGGCUUGGGACUGGCAGCAGCGAAGCUAACAGGUGAUACAGAAACGGAUGUUGAUGACGGCCAUGACUGGGACAUCUUCGACAUCAACCAAGCGGCCGGGCUGGACCUGCUGGAGGGAGAUAUGGAACUGGACGAAACAUUCAUGAGAAAUAGCAUCAUAGGAGACAAGUAUCGCUGGCCCACCACCAUUCCCUACUACCUGGAGGACAAUCUGGAUAUGAAUGCAAAGGGAGUGAUCCUGAAGGCGUUCGACGAGUACAGACUGAAGACGUGCAUCGACUUCACGCCGUGGAGAGGAGAGGAGAACUACAUCUCGGUGUUCAAAGGCAGCGGAUGCUUCUCGUCUGUGGGCAACCAGCAUGUGGGCAAGCAGCGGCUGUCCAUCGGUCGCAACUGUGACCGCCUGGGAACCGUUGAGCACGAGUUCCUGCACGCUCUGGGCUUCUGGCAUGAGCAGUCCAGAGCCGACCGGGACGACUACGUCAACAUCAUGUGGGAUCGCAUCGAACCCGGUAAAGAGCACAACUUCAAAACGUACGACGACACGCUGUCCAGCAGUCUCGGCGUCCCCUACGACUACGGCUCGGUGAUGCACUACAGCAAGACGUCCUUCAACAUCGCCUCCGAGCCCAGCAUCGUCACCAAGAUCCCCCACUUCAUGGACGUGAUCGGUCAGAGGAUGGGCUUCAGUGACAGUGACCUCACCAAGCUCAACAGCCUCUACCGAUGCACCAAGUCUUCUACCUUUGUGGACAGCUGUGACUUUGAGCUGGGGAACAUCUGUGGGAUGAUUCAGGGUCCCGGCGAGGCGAAGUGGGAACGACGCAGUUCUGCCAGCGGAGGGCCUCAGACCGACUUCUCCAACAUGGGACAGUGUGAAGGAAAAGGCAACUUCAUGCACUUCAGCACCGGCUCAGUUGAACCUGGCGGCCGUGCGCUCCUGGAGAGUCGCUGGCUUGACCCCAAACCUGGAGCCCAGUGUCUGCAGUUCUUCCUCUACAACAGCGGCGCAGCCGACGACGUCCUCAACGUCUGGGUGAGGGCGCACGACGAGGUCAACCCCAGCGGGAAGCUCGAGCUCUUCAAGAGCAUUUCAGGAGGCGUCAUGGGCUCCUGGGAAUUGCAUAACAUCCAUCUGAAUGUGACCCGGAAGGCCCGUGUGGUUUUCGAGGGCGUGAGGGGAAAGGACCCGUCGACAGGAGGAUUCUCUCUGGACGACAUCAACCUGUCGUCCACAAAGUGCCCUCAGCACAUCUGGCACAUCCGCAACAUCGCCGGCCUGCUGGCCACCACGCCGGCCGGAGAGAAGCUGUACAGCCCUCGCUUCCUGUCCCCGGCAGGUUACUCCUUCCAGGUGGGCGUGUACAUUAACGGAAAAAGCGACCGUCCGGGAUACCUGGCCACCUACUUCUACCUGACCUCAGGCCCCAACGACCACCGCCUCAAGUGGCCGUGUCCGUGGCAGCAGGCGACGAUGGCCCUGAUGGAUCAGCAGUCUGACGUCAGGCGGCAGAUGAACAUGCACCGCAUGGUCACCACCGACCCCGGCAAGAUGUCGUCCGAUGGCACCGAGUUCUACUGGGACGAUCCCAGGAAGGUGGGCUCCAGAGUGGAUGCGUCCGACGGCAGCCACUACUACCGGGGCCCGGGCACCGGAACGAGCUCCUUCCUCACCCACAGCAGACUGAAGAGCAGGAACUUCAUCAAAGGAGACGACGCCUUCUUCCUCUUCAGCCUGGAAGAUAUUUCUCAUCUGCUGGAAUCCCGGCCUCUCGUCCGCCCCGCGGUCCAAGCGGAGGCCGCGGCCGACCGAGGCGCUCCGCGGGGCGCUGCCGGAAACCCCACGGCGGUCACGGCUGUGGUGGCGUCCGUUGCAGCCGUGGCCGUGCUGUUGGUUUCCAUGGUGAUGGCGCGGGACGCCUGGGAGAAGAGGCGGCGGCGGCGGCGGGAGAGCGACGAGGUGGUGAUCAUACAGGACAUGCCUGGGUUCAUGGAAAGUAGUUUCUAAGUCACAUCACAGCAAUAAGUGACCGCGCCUCCCCCGCUCUAGAACAAGCCCAAAAUGUGUCUUCAUUUUUAUUACAGGAGCUGCCGACAAAAGGCCUGGCAUCCGUUUUUACAACGACAAGAAGCUUCGAUCUGGAGGAAGAAAUCAGCCCCGAGCAGAAGAUCUCCCCAUGAAUAUGUUGGAGCAUUAAUGAAUGAUGAUUAUGUCUCCAGGGUCUCUAGCGUUGAAUCGCUUUUAAGUACACAGAAUGUUUUUUUUCUUUAUCGAAAAAAUUUAUAUUUUUUCAAAUGGGUCAAUCCAACAGUUUUGAAAAGCGAAAAAAAAAAAAAAUUAAAGGCAAAAAUGCAGCUCAGAAUAAAAUCUCUCAUAUGAA